AUGCCUCCCAAACGCAAUAACAAGCGGCCGGCUUCCGCCAUGGCCGAUAACGCUGUUGUCAACCCUCACGACGCGUCUGAUAAUGUCACUUCCAAACGCACUCGCUCCAGCAGCUCGGUCACGGCUGCGACAUCGACCAACGGAAAAAUGGAGGUCAAGACGGGCAGCAAGGUGGAAAUGCCCAAGGGUGCGGCAGACGGUGCCGGCGAGCACGGUGAGGCCGGAAAUAUGAGAAUGGAGGCACCACCUCAAGCCGGCGCCGUCGACCCGGCGGGAGGCUACAAGACCAACAAGCCGCCCACCGACCGAUCUGUGCGUGUCUACGCCGACGGAGUCUUUGAUCUCUUCCAUCUGGGCCACAUGCGCCAGCUCCAGCAGGCCAAGACGGCCUUUCCCGACACAUAUYUYWUYKUKRRYGWYACSGSSRMCACYGAGAYCYACACGCGUAAAGGUUUGACGGUCAUGUCCGGCAAGGAGCGGGCGGAGUCCCUCCGUCAUUGUCGCUGGGUGGAUGAAGUGAUUGAAGAUUGYCCGUGGAUCAUCGACAUGGAAUUCCUGAAGAAGCACGACAUUGACUUUGUCGCCCAUGACGACAUUCCAUAUGGUGCCAGUGAGGGCGACGACAUCUACAAACCGAUCAAGGAACAGGGCAUGUUCCUCGUCACUCAACGGACCGAAGGCGUCAGCACCACCGGUAUCAUCACCAAGAUUGUGCGCGAUUACGAGCAGUAUGUUGGUCGGCAGUUGAAAAGAGGCACGAGCAGGCAAGAAUUGAACAUUUCCUGGCUGAAGAAGAAUGAGCUGGACAUCAAGCGUCAUGUCAAUGAACUGAGGGAUACCAUCCGUACGAAUUGGACGACAACGGGGCAGGAGGUAGGCAAGGAGUUGAGACAGUUCUGGCAGCCCAGCAGGCCUAACAGUCCUGCACCUUCCUCUGUGAAGGGUGGUGUUGCUGGUAGACUUGGUGUCACCAGCCCCUUGGCGGCAGAAGGGAGCGCCAGGAGCAGCACACCUGGCCGACGGGGUGGAAACAUGGACUUUGCGGCUGGGUAUGCCAUGGGAUUGAUUGGCGGUGUCAAGGGCUGGAUGGAAGGAAGCAAGCGAAGAAAUCUCUCGGAUAGCAGAGCGCAGAGUCCUGAUGAUAGCGCAGAGGAACGGAGUCCGAUUGACGAGCCUGAUGAGAACCGAGGGAGGCAAAGGGCUGGAAAGGGGGACAAGGUAUUGGAUCAGGUGCACUCUUAG